CGUCCCAUCACCAACCAUCUUCAAUCACGGUAUUACCACAUCAAAAACCAACAACCUUAUUCAACCCCAUUCUCAUACACUCUAAAAAUAACAAAAAUGGGCGCCAAAAACAAAAGCAAAGGGGGGGGAAGCAACGAUGACUCUGGCAAGGGAGGAAAAGGUGGUGGGGGGUUGAAGCCUGCGACUUCGAUUAACGUUCGACAUAUUCUUUGCGAAAAACACUCCAAGAAGGAAGAAGCACUAGAGAAGCUCCGCAACGGAUCCAAGUUCGAUGAUGUCGCGAGGGAGUUUUCGGAGGAUAAGGCUAGACAGGGCGGUUCUCUCGGCUGGAAAACACGAGGUAGUCUAGACGGUGCGUUCGAGAAGACGGCGUAUGAACUGGAGCCCAGUUCGACGGGGAGUCCGAAGUAUGCGGAGGUGAAGACUGGGUUUGGGUACCAUAUUAUUAUGGUUGAGGGGAGGAAAUAGAUUAACUUUAUUCAAGUAUGCGAAUUUGAAUACAAAUGAACACGGCCAAGUCAACACAGAGUUCGCAAACUUAAUACAGAAUUUAUCUGUCCUGGUGCAGUACUUGACUGAGAUCCCCAGACGCUCAGUGGUUUCUUCUAGCCAGUCGAGGGUAGCAGGGUUGACCUGGACAUAUGUUUCUUAGCUUGUGGUUCUGAAUGGAAGAAGUCGACAGAUGCAGCC